UUCGUAACGUAGUGCUCGGUACGACACGUUUCACCACUGUGCUACGCUUUCUCGUUAUUUGAUUAUAAUCAACCGGUUGUCUCAUAUUCCCAACGUCCAACGAAAACUAAUACACAUACGUCUUUAUCGAUGCACUUUCGAUUUAUUAUUGUACAUACUUUCGCGACCCUCGUCAUUAAAUCCAAUCGAAAGUCACCCUCUUCCUUCCCUUUACUUCAAAAUAUAUCUCCUGUUGAUUCGUCGAAGGGAACGACGAUUUGAAGAUCGUCGUCGAAGUGAUUUUGUGAAAAAGUUUUAGUUAAAAUCGUCAAGUUGGCUACCACGUCGAAAAUUGAGGACUAUAUUGUGAUGAACUUGAAGGACGACGAUGAAAGUGGUAACGAAGGUGGACAACUUUUUCUUGUUGGAUCACCCAGAGACCCCCUCGUCUCAGCUGGUGCCAUCGUCGCUGGCUGCAAUACCGUCGACGAUAUCAAUGCUGCUAAUGAUCUUCAGUCCAGUUCCCUCGCUGGUCUCAUUGCUGGACAAUCAUCCUCCGUCUGUUUUCCAGCAAAAUUCACUUAUGAUUUUUCACCGAGCCCUGGAAGUGAGGAACGCCCCUUGUCCGUUGGGAUCGUCGGGAAACGUAAGCAACGAAGAUACCGCACCACCUUCACCAAUUUUCAACUCGAAGAGCUGGAACGUGCUUUCCAAAAAACACACUAUCCCGAUGUCUUCUUCCGGGAGGAACUGGCCAUGAGAAUUCAACUUACCGAAGCACGAGUGCAGGUUUGGUUUCAAAAUCGACGCGCCAAAUGGCGAAAGCAAGAGAAACAGUGCAAGCUUGGGAAUGCCUUGAAUCCAUCACAUUUACAAACGGCUGAUUGUCCAGACGGUGCCCAACAGUCUCAUCAUCACCAGCAGCAACAUCAAACCGAUCAUCUCUUGCUGGAAGCUCCUCUGGGCAGUCCGCCACCAAUUUAUCUCGGUAUGGAAUGGGCUGGUUUUUCACCGUAUGGAAACGUCGCCACAGCAUCGCCACUCAUCGUAAACGGUCUCAGCAGUAAAACUCUUCAGGACAACGAUGAUCCGAGCAAUCUUCUCGAUCCUGAUCUCUUGCAACUCAAAACGCCGCGUUCCUAAUCGAAAUAAAUUUCUCAAGCAAUAUUAACGCAAUACCUCUCAUUGCUCUAGUCAUAGAAACGAAUAAAAUUAUCAAGAAAAACUAAAUUAUUUCUCAUACCCAGUGGAAUCGGGGACCAAAAAACAUAUUUUUCCAAAUAAAAAACAAUCUUAGCAAUGACGUGUAAUAAAAAAAUUUCACGAAGCAAUAAUUUACAGUGCCAAUAAGUCCCGUUGCAUCCACAUUCCAUAAGUUCCAUUUUUUUCAUUAUUUUGCUUCAUUUUUUCUUCCAGUUUUGAAAAUGAUUGUCAGUUACAAUGGAAAAUAGAUUUUGGCCAUAGACGACUUUUAGGGAAUUUUUGUGAAAAAUUCUAGCAAUUGAAAAAUAAUAAAUCUCAAAAUAGAUACCGAACAUCAUUUCCUCCGUAAAUAGCAUUAAAAUCAAUAACAAUAAAUAAUAAUUAUUUCAUCUAAAUGAUCGGCAUGUAAAGUUUAAUCGCGAGAAUUUUUGAACCUAUUUGUAUCCGAAUUGUUGAACGUCCUGUCGAAGUUUUUCGCAUGGAAAAGUUAUGGAGAGAUUGAAUAAAUGUGUUAUAUAAUA